CCCUUUUCUGGCCCACUCGAUUUUCUCUUCCUCCCCCAUCGUCCCCCUCUUCUCCCAUGGCAAAGUCGGACAAGCGGCGUGUUGUCAAACACCCACCAAACACGAGGGGCCGCAAACCGCGUCUUGUGUCCGAUGUCGGCCAGACAGCUCGCGACCUCGACGAUCAACUGAGAUCAAUGGGGCUCAGGGUGGUACCUACGGAAGGCGACGGCAAUUGCUUAUUCCGCGCCCUCUCCGACCAAAUGUAUGGGACUGAUCGGCACCACUCCAGUCUACGCAAAGAUAUUUGUGACUGGUUGGCUGGCCAUCCCGAACGCUACAGAGGUUUUGUUGACGACGACCGUUCUCUCGAAGAUCAUAUCUCUGUUAUGCGCCAAUUAGGGACCUAUGGCGGCCAUUUGGAACUUUCUGCCUUCGCACAUCGUUUUCGGCGUGAUAUCAAGGUCGUUCAGCCUGGUCUUGUCUACGUAAUUUCAUGUGCGGAUAUCCCGUCUCCGAGCAAAUCACCACCCUCUCUUCCGAGGCCUGGGGAACCCAACGAGAGGGAGGCGAGGAGAUUGCACAGAGAAGCCGUGCGAGAGGCAGCAGAAGCCGCUUCAUUGACACCUCAGCCAGCUGUGUCGUCCACGGUCUACGUUGCCUAUCACGACUGGGAACACUACUCGUCUUUGCGGAUCAUUAAUGGACCUCCGGCCCCCGCAAAGAUACGAGAUCAUCCGGUGCCUAUGAUUCCCACUCACCAGAUGAGCUCCCUCCCACGUCCUCGCGGUCGACCACGAAAGCAUCCCCUCCCACCUCAUCGCAUACCUUUACCGCCAUCUCCACCUCCGUUGCAAUCUUACCGUGAUCCGUCGCCCUCGAAUUCCGCUUCGACAUCCGCACCUUCCACUGGUUCAGCAACCGAGGCGUCUACUCCACCGACCUCGAAUUCACCCAAGCGUAGUGCAAGCGAUAUGUCAGACGAUGAUGAUAUCGAUAUUGAUCACAACCCACGCGCACGAAAGACGCCCAGAUCUGAACGACCUUCGCCCUGCGCCGCGGCGGAAGUGGAAGCCGUCCUCAAGAGGAAAUUGACCCGAAAAGAACGUCAGGCUGUUGGUCGAGUCGGUGGCAGUCGUGUGUUGGUGAGGCAGAAACCUAAGCCAAUGGACAGAACCCAAAUAGACCAUAGCGAAAGCGCGUCCGGCGACCUCUCCUUUAAGGAACUGCACAUCUGAAUUAUCUCGCAUGUGCUCCGCUCACACACUGUGUCAUAACGCAUUUUUUUUCUGCACAUUGCAUUACCAUACUGUUUUCUCAUUCAUCACACUCUCCCUGUAGGCUUAGGUUACCCUUAUUGCUUCACAUAUCAAUCGUAUCAUAUUAUCGC